AUGGCCAACCGCGGCGUUUCCUGGGACCCAUCGGUCCAUACCAUCGAAGAUUUGAAACAACAUGGCUCCGCCAAACUUCCGAAGAUGUAUCGGGACUACUUUAAUGAAGGUGCUAUGGACCUCAUCACGUUGCGAGAUAACGAAGCAGCUUAUGACCGCUAUAAAAUACGGCCCCGCGUUCUAGUUAACGUCGAUCACAUCGAUAUGACUGGGGAGAUUUUUGGCUGCAAAACAGGGUUACCUUUGGGCUUUAGCCCCACUGCAAUGCAUCGCCUAGCGCACGAGGACGGUGAAUUAGCCACCUCACGAGCGGCAGCCAAAUUUGGCCUCUCCAUGGGCCUUUCCUCGUAUGCGACCGAGUCCUUAGAGAACGUCGCUGAGCAGGGGUCGGGAAAUCCAUAUUUUAUGCAGUUGAGUAUGCUGCGAGACCGACAAACCACUAUUCAGAUGCUUCAGCGUGCAGAAGGUAUCCAGGAUCCCGACACCCCGAAGAAAAACGAUUACGACCCUUCCAUAGAUUGGGACUCAGCAAUCCCCUGGCUACGUCAACAUACCAAACUGGAGAUUUGGAUCAAAGGCAUCUACACGGCCGAUGAUGUAGCAUUAGCUAUAAAACAUGGCUUAGAUGGUGUCCUCGUGUCGAACCAUGGAGGAAGGCAAUUGGAUGGCGUUCCGGCCACUCUCGAUGCCUUGCGUGAGUGUGCUGUUGCUGCGGGAGGUAAGAUCCCUGUCGCUGUCGAUGGAGGCAUUCGCCGCGGUACAGACAUUUUCAAAGCUCUUGCUCUUGGAGCUUCACACGUUUUUGUUGGUAGAAUGCCCAUUUGGGGUCUUGCCUACAACGGGCAAGAAGGAGUGGAGCUCGGCAUUAAAAUUCUCAUGUUUGAGUUCAAGAUUGCCAUGGCACUCGCGGGAUGCAGCACGAUAAAGGAUAUUACCCGAGCGCACAUUUCAUUCCUUACCUCUGAUGGGACCAUGGCCAAACUGUAG